CAUGACCUGCACCAGCUGAUCUGAGACGCAGUGCCUGUUCAAAGUUUAGCCUGCCUGGGUAGUCUUACAGACGGAUCCUCGCGGAGUGGCUCAGUCAUGCUUUAGCAGGCCUCUGCUUGUCUUUUCCUUUCGCCAUGGGAGCCGAAGCAGACCACUCACUCAGGUGGAAGAGCAAAACACAGAUCACGGCCUUGCACUAGAGCCACAGACAUGGCUCUCACAGGAGUCCAGGAUCAGGCUGUCAAAGGCGAGAGGAUCAAUAAGGAGACCGGGGAGCUGAGUGCUUCGGGGGAGUUAUCCGUCUCUGCAGAGCUGAAGGUGGACAAAGUGGAGGGCUCUUGGAGGAACGCUCAGCUCCCACAAGUGCUCAGGGAGCAACUGCAGGAACUGGGCUUUCUCAAAUACCCCGGUCCUGACCUCAACGCUGACCCUGACGCUUUAGGACAGAGAGAGGAGGGUCUGCUUAGAGUCCUGCCUCUCUACAUUCAGGUCUGUGAAGAUGGUGGCAGAUUUGAAGGUUUGGACAUUAAAGCGCUUGCGGCUCUCACUGCUGACACCGUCAUCCAUAACCUCCAGCACAGACUGGCAGACAGGCCUGCAGAGCGAUCCCGUGAAGAGGUGGUGCGUUUUUUCAGAAGGCCCUGUGAGGACACUAAAUGUGAAACAAACGAAAGUCUUGGGUGGCUUCUGCUGAGAUCCCUGCUGCUGCUCACAGCAGACAGCUCAGAAAUCUUGUCCUGCCUCAACCCCGACCUCCCUGCUGCUCUGGUCAAGAGUCUGUACCUGCUGGUGUGCCUUCCUGCUGACAAGAAGAACAGUGGUGCGGAAGAGACCUUCCAGGAACCACUAACACAAGUCCUGCUUCAGCUGUGUCGACUGCCGGCCAACGUGGAGCGACUGGUGGAGACUCAGGAGCUGCAGUGUCUGAUCAUUGGUCUCACGUCGCUGUGGGACCAGAGCAGCGCUUCCUGGAGGCGCCAGGCCUCCCGCGUCCUCAAAGCCGUCUCUGCUGUAGCAACAAGCAACACGGUGCCAAGCUUGUUAGGCAAGAACUGUAUACGUCUCAGCAUCCAGAACCUGUUGCAGAUCGGUGAGGAUGUGUCGGGAUCGAUGCUGGCGGAAGUGGCUGUGGCUGUAUUUAGCUUCAUCAGAGACACUUAUCGCCUCAAUCCAGCGCUCUUCCUGGAGUUUCACACCCACAACGGAUACAAGGCUCUGGAGAAUGUCCUAAAAUGCUGUGAAGGAGGCGUUCCCCUGGAUCAGUUCCAGCCGGUGGAGGAGCUGCUGGCUCUCAUUGCGUCUUUUACUCUGCUCGGGAGAUCUGAGCUGAAAGUGGCGGUGUGUGUCACCGACCCCCAGCCCCCUGGUUUUAAAUUCUACCCGCCCCUCGGCAAAGGCCAAACAGUGAAGAAUCUGCCCGCCUUCCAUCUGCUGCAGGCCUCUUUGCUCCAAUCCCAGGAUUCUCUGCUGUGCUGCCAGCUUCUUCAAACCCUACAGACAAUCUGGGAGAGAGACACAGCCAAUUUCUUUCUCUUAGAGUGGACGACGCAGUCGAUGACCCAGCUGGCGCCGUGUGUGUGGCGUAAACCAACGCCUGUCCAAAAACGGUUCUUUUCACUCCUGGAACUGGUGGUGUUUAAGUUGAACUACAUCCCCCAUGAGACUUUGCGGGCAGUUCUGAACGUGCUGAAGCAGAGCUGGGCGGGGACGCUGACGGGCGGAGCGUCAGGGGCCGACUUUGGAUUGGUGGCUCUCAUGUGUUUUCAUCGGAUGACUCUGCACAGCAGCAUGCUGACUGAGGUGCUCAGUGACUGGGGUCUGCUGGACCUGCUGUUUGGGGAGCUUCGCAGGAGAGCAAAGAUCCUCAGGAAGGCCGGAGUUGUCGCUCCUUCUAAAAUAAAUUCAGAACAGCUGUCAUGUGUGGAAAACAGAGAAAAGCUGCUCACGUGCUGCAUGCUUCAACUUGUGUCAAGCCUCACGUUACGAUCCAUCAAAAACACAGUUGUGCUGCGAGAUGUUGGGAUGGUUCCCUACAUAAAGAUCUUCUUGGACGAGGAUCAGUAUCGCGCUCCUGCCCUGAGUAUUUUAGAACAACUGGCUGAGAUCAACCCACAGGAAUUCAUGAGCACAGCCAUCGGAGCGCUGUGCUCCUCUACGCUGCAGGAGUUUGGAUUAAAGUGGGACCUUUUGCAGUCCAUCCUGAAGGUGUUGGAGAACCCAAACAGCUGGGACGCCUUCAGGACUGCAGGGGGCUUCACCGGACUCCUCUCUCUGGUGAUAGACAUGGAAGGAGCCCUGUCGGACCCUCCUCAGGGAGAAGUCUGGAGGUCCCUGGGUCAUCAGCAGCUCGUGAACCUGCUGCUUCUCUCCUUGCACAUCCUGGCGUUAGCUGUCCACCUUCACACGGUGAAUGCACACCAUUUUGAGACUGGGGGUUUCUAUGAAAGACUGGCAGAGGCUUUGCUCCACCUGGGCUGCUUCCACACUGACGGCUAUGAGAGAGGGGAAUGGGACGCAGAGACAUGCCCCUGUCCCAAGGCCGCAGAGGGCGGGAAGAGCUUCCGCCAGUUUGUUGAGACGGCAGACGCUCCCGAAGCAGCGGCGUCUCCCACCGGCCCGCCACAGCCUAACCUGCCGGUCACACUGCGGACGUGUAUAAGACUGCUCGCGUAUUUGGACCAGUUCGCCACGGGGACUUUCUCCUCUCAUGAGUUGAACUUGCGACUGGAGCCUGAAGAUGAACAUGAUGGAGAUGUGGAAAAACGAAGAGGACCUGCGGGUUCUGAUGGAGUCUAUUCAGAAUCCUCCGUUUUUCAAUUGAGGUCAAGUCCUCCGUCCGCCGAGGACAAACAAGGAUGUUCCAAAAGCACGGCAGCACCGGGCAGCCCCGCAGCCGGCGCAGAGUCUCUGUACAGUCGCUCCACCUGUGAUCAGGCUAUCCUUCAUCCAGGAGCAGUCCGAGUGAUGAUGACUCUUCUUCCAUCUGUGUUCACUCAGAAAGACCCGCAGCUGUCCAUGGAGGUCGAGUUCUCACUGGCCAACCACAUCCAGGCUAUGGUCAAAUCUGAGCGGAAUCGGCAGAUAAUGUGUGAGGGCGGACUGGUCUCCACUCUCCUCAACCACUGUCAGAGCAUGCUGCUAACAGUGAACCACCCUUUACAUUUACCUGUUACACGCAUCCUGGAGAAACUCUCCUCUCAGGCCAUCACGCCUUCAGACUUCAGAAAGUUCCUGUGUUUAGGAAACCCUCUUAUGUGCUUGGCAGAGAAAGCAACUCAGCAAGCACAGCCAGAAAGUGAAGACGUCAACAACACGCCAGUUUCAAAUGAGGGAGACGCCGGCUCUUCGGUUAAACCUAUGAAGAGGAGUUUCAGCCUGUUGCAGCCUACGGCUUCUUGUGGUUCUGCAAUCCCCGUUCACCAAAUCAUCAGCCUGGUGUCCAUGACGUCCCCACGCACCUUCAGGCCGCACAGAGUGUCCUCCUCACCGGCUUUUGUAGAGUUUGAUAUGAGUGAGAGUGGAUAUGGCUGUCUCUUCUUGCCCUCUCUGGCCACGGUGAAAGGUGUGGCCGCUGAUUCCGUCUCAACAGGGGGAAUCGGAGGAGACUGCCGGGGUUUUCCUCCUGCGGCCGGGCUCUCGUUCACCUGCUGGUUCCAGAUCAACAGGUUCAGCUCAGCCUGUGACUCCCACCCGAUCCGCCUGCUGUCGGUGGUGCGCCACAUGUCCCGGACCGAACAGCAAUACGUCUGUUUGUCGAUCUCCUUCUCAGCUUGCGAUGGCUGUCUGGUCAUCUCCACCGAGGAGGAGGCGUUCACAUACUUGGAUAUGAUGGAGCCAGACGUCUCCACUCCCACCUCCCUGCCGACAUCACUCAGGUUCAGCUGCUCCAGCAUGCUGGUCCCUGGUCAGUGGCACCACCUGGCUGUGGCCAUGGCCAAAGACAUCAAGAAGAGCUGUCUGGUCACUGCCUACUUCAACGGCAAGGCCAUCGCUUCUGGAAAAAUGAAGUACAUUCAGCCCUUCCCUGGUCAGUACGUCUCCAUGGACCCCACCGCUGUGAUCGAUGUGUGCGGCCUGAUCGGGACUCCAGCUCUCUGGAAGGAGCAUGCGGCUCUGGUGUGGCGAGUGGGCCCUGCUUAUCUUUUUGAGGAGUCUUUGAGCCCCCAGGAUGUGUGUGAGAUAUACACACAAGGCACUGCUUACAUUGGAAACUUUCUGGCGUUGCACAAUACGGACUCUGAUCCAGAUGCUGAGUCUGUGUCUCUCCGGCUGGCCCCAGAGGAGAGGAUCUCAUUUGGCAUCAACCCAGCAGUUUCUACUUUAACAACUGUUGCACAGAUCAGAGAUGAUUACAAUAAGGUGGACUGCAGACUGAUUGCUAAAGAGAUGGGGAUAACCUCCAGGGAUCAGGCCACCCCCGUGUUUCUUGCUCGAAACAUCAGUCAGCAUCUUAGUGGGACAGCUCGCACCAUCGGAGCAGCACUGAUGGGACGUUUUGGUGUGCGUAUAUUCAACCCAAAAGCUGCGUCUGAUGCCUUUCUGUAUGUUGGCGGGCCUGCGGUCGUUCUCAGCCUUGUUGCGAUGGCUCCAGAUGACAGCUCUUUGUAUGCAGCUGUGAAAGUCCUCCUGUCUGUACUGGAGACUAAUACUGCCAUGCAGCGGGAAAUGAACCGCAUCGACGGCUACAAGCUACUGGCCUUCCUGCUCAAGAUGAAGGGCAACCUGGUGACCCACCGAACCUUCCAGCUGGUUCUGUAUCUGUCCAGCUCAGUGGAAAUGAGCUGUGGCUCUGGUUACAUACAGAACACGCCGGCUUUCCAAGCUCUGCUGUGCAACCUGGAGGUCUGGCAGAACACGUCUGACGCUCUGGACCUUGCAGUUCUGAACAACUUUGCUGAAACCCUGAAAUCUUCCUGUGACAGCACGAAUGCAGCGGUCAUGCAGAGUGUCAACCUUCUACCCAAGCUGCUCUUUGAGCUUUGUGAUCCUGCUGUGACCGUUCAGAAGGUGAAAGUCAUCUCCUGCGUGAUCACAUCCCUCCUCAAGGCUCACUUCAGCCCUCUGGAUUUACGCAGACUUGGACUCUUCCUGGUUUACACUCUACCUCCUUCUGGUAACACAACUGAAACCCGUGAGACUGACCAGGAUCUUUCACAGGACACGUCUGCUCUCGGUUCUGGUCCAGCCAACCUCAUCUGGAUACGCAACCAGAUGCUGCUCGUACUUUGUGAAAUCUUCGACUCGGACAGCCUUCAAAUCAAUGAUCAGCAGAAGGCAGCAUUCGACACCUUGGGCAAUGAUUGGUUCCUGCUCUUCCUUCAGCCCCACCUUCACCGCUCCACGCUGAAGCUGGGUCUCGUUCUGCUCUCACUCUUCCUGUGGAGUCCCAGCCAGCAGAGCAGCUUCAGGGAAGGCGUGCUCCCAGGCACUCUGGUGGAGGGCAUGGAGGAACCCUUCACUGUCAUGGACAACCUGCGGGCCCAGUCGUGGUCUUAUGAGUGCCUCAGCACGACGUGUCCGGGCUUCGAUGUGUUACGGGAGCUGCUGAUCAGACACUCUCACGUCCCUCAGGUGUAUGAAGCUCUGGCUGCUCUGCUGCUGGGGAAGAAGGCCAGUUACACAGCAGAAGAACAGGAGCCUCUGGACGGCGUCCUGCAGUCACUUAUUGACGAUCACAGCGACACUCAGAAGCUCUGUGUAGAAGGUGCAACAAUUCUGCUGGAUUUAGUGAAAGUCCUCAGCUCUCAGCCCAGUUUAAAACAACACAUGUUGAGCGCUGAUGCAUCAUGUGAGCUGCAGUUCUCUGCAAGUGUGAUGCAGUUCUUCUGUCUCCUUCAUAACCUCUGUCCAAGAGACCCACUAUGGGCAUCGCCCGCCUUCCUGCAUGCUCUCGCUGCUGUUGUUUUCCCUCCGGACGUAUCAGAGAGUGUCGGCGAGCUCAGUUCAACAGAUGCAGGAGAAGACAUGUUUGAGAUUCAUCCGGCCCAGAAGCCAGUGUUUGACUUCAUCCGUAUUCUUCUGAUGGACAGCUUUCUGAACGUGUCUGCCAGCGCCAGCACUCAUCCUUUACUUCUGCUGCUCGAGUUUUGCCCUGAUGAUUCUUCGCCGGUGCAGAGGCAGCGUUUUCAGACCAAGUUGCUUGAGUUGGUCAUGAGCAUCGUCCACAUGCUCGGUCAAGAGGAAGAAAACAACACUCAUCUCAGCUCACAUGAUUCCAACAUUGAUCAGCCGGACGGACAGAUGGGCACACUGAUGGACAACGUGGUUCUUCUCAGCAAGACUCUGCUGCAGACGCUGUACAGUGGGUCGUUCCUGGGAGACGCUGAGAGUUUGCUGAACUUCCUCGCUGAUCAGAUUGUGGUGGCCCUGGAGAGGGGUCAAACACAAAAAGAGAAGAUCGUGUCGGCCCUCUACUCGUGCACCAAUAAGGUCAUACUUCAUUUUCUGUCCCAACCGCGAUGCUCCAAAGAAGAAAAGGAGGCUCUCAUCAGGACGUUACAGACUCUCCUGGAUCGAUGGGAUGUCGUCAUGGCCACUUACAAUUCAAAUUUGAACUUCAUCACUUGUGUGCUUCAUUGCCUGCUCCUGAUCCGGUCUGGCAGCUACCCUGAAGGAUUCGGGUGUGUGACCCAAAAAAAGCUCAGAAGUCGAACGUCCUCCUGCCGGUCUGUUACCAGUGCCAGUCAUUCAGAAAGUGUUUGUAAUGGCACAGACAGUAUGACAGAUGAAAGCCUUCUGGUUUCCUUAGCAGAAACAUGCUGGUCAAAAGUCAUAUCAGAGAGGCAACACAUGCUUGAAGAAACCUCGAAGAUCGAGAUCUCUGUGAGCCCCGCCGUGGAGACGGCGCCCGUCAGCAUGACUGAGAUCAGCCCGCUGUGGGAAGAGAUGGCCCACAAAGCCUGGCAGCUACACACAGAGUCUCAGAGGAAAAAGGCUGCGAGCCUCUCUCUGAACAAGUUCGACGUGAUCAGCAGUGCUCUUCGCUCUGCUUUGGGCAAACAAGGUCAAGGGUCAGGAACGGCGGAGGAGUUCCUGUCCUGCAUGGAGUCCCUUCGAAGCAGAGGCCACAGCAUAUUCGAGAGCAUGAGAACAAACCACUUGCAGAUGCGAGCCACCGAAUGGGAGCGCGUGAGCUCCGACUGGCUGCUCGUCGAGGCCGAGUUACUGAGGGAGAGAGCCGUGUUCGGCCCCGGCCCCGGGGUACUGUUGAGCCGAGACUGGGUGCAAGACGCUGCAGAAGGACCCAAUCGGACCAGAUCGCGCAUUCGCAGAAAGGCUCUUCGGCGGUCCAAAAGGGUGCUGGGAUCACUGAGUCUGGGUUUAAGAUCUGGCGUGUGUGAGGACAGAGACCAUAAAGCAGAAAAUGACGCAGAGCCCAAGAUCUUGUGUGAAGUUGGUGCAGAAGCUCAGGAGGAUGACGGUGAUAAAGGACAACACUGUGACCGUCUGACGUUCUUCCCCGUCUUGAACGAGACGCCCGCUGUGGCCGAGGGUCCGCUCGACACCGCCGCCACCAGACCCUGCUCUCACACACAAGACUGCCCCGACAUACGCAUCAUCCUGCAGGAGCUGCACCCCGGAGAGGAGGUAAAGGCUAAGAUGUGUGUUGUGAUGGUGAGUGGCCUCAGAGUCUCGGAGGGCUUGCUGCUGUUUGGAAAGGAGAGUCUGCUCCUCUGUGAGGGUUUCACGCUGAGCCCCACCGGAGAUGUUUGCUGCAGGAAACACUUUCCCAGCAGUGUGAAGGAUUCCUUUGUUUCCUCCAUGCUGAGUAAAGAGCUGCCGCCCCGGUGCAGACGCUGGCUCUAUGAGGAGAUCAAGGCUGCCCGCUUCAUGCGCUUUCUUUUAGAGGACAAUGCUAUCGAGAUUUUCAUGAAAAAUGGACACUCGGCUUUCCUGGUGUUCUUGAACAAAGACCACGUCUCUGCAUAUACAAGGCUGACCACAGUUGUGCCAGCAUUAAAAGGAAAAGGGGUCACUGAGGUGAUCGCCAAUGCCAGGAAAACUCCGGUGAUUGAAAAGACGGCCCUGAUUAAAUGGCAGAAAGGAGAAAUAAGCAACUUUGAGUACUUGAUGCAUUUGAACACCGUCGCCGGGAGAACCUACAAUGACCUAAUGCAGUAUCCGGUUUUCCCCUGGGUCGUGGCUGAUUACCAGUCAGAGACGCUGGAUUUGUCAAAUCCCGCAACUUUCCGUGAUCUGUCGAAGCCGAUGGGAGCUCAGACCGAGAAGAGGAAGCUCAACUUCAUCCAAAGAUAUGAGGAAGUGGAGAGCAGUGAGAGUGAAGACUUUUCAGCGCAGUGCCACUACUGUACCCACUACUCCUCGGCCAUCAUUGUGGCCUCCUUCCUGGUCAGGAUGGAGCCUUUUUCCCACACCUUCCAGGCACUGCAGGGAGGGUUUGAUAUCCCCGAGCGGAUGUUUUACAGCAUAAAGAAAGAGUGGGAGUCGGCCUCCAGGGACAACAUGGGAGACGUCAGGGAGCUGACCCCAGAGUUCUUCUACCUGCCUGACUUCCUGCUCAACUCCAACCACAUCCAGCUAGGUCGGAUGGAGGAUGGGACAGCUCUGGGAGACGUUGAGCUGCCUCCCUGGGCCAAAGGUGACCCCCAUGAGUUCAUUAGAGUCCAUCGAGAGGCCCUGGAAAGCGACUACGUCAGCUCCCACCUUCACUUGUGGAUCGACCUGAUCUUCGGGCACCGGCAGCAGGGUCCGGCUGCCGUCGAGAGCGUCAACACUUUCCACCCGUUCUUCUACGCUCAGCGAGGCCGGCAGGAUGUCAAGGACCCCUUGAUUAAGAGCACAAUGUUGGGAUAUGUGAGCAACUUUGGCCAAAUUCCUAAACAGCUCUUCACCAAACCCCACCCGCCUCGCAACAGCUCAAAAAAAGAGGGCUCAGCACAGUCCUACCCCAAUCCCUUUUUCUUCAAUCUGGAGAAACUGAGGACCACUCAGCAGCCGCUGAAAGAGCUGCCGAGAGGCCCAGUCGGUCAGAUACUGUGUCUGGAAAAGCAGGUCUUGGUCCUGGAGAGGAACCGGCUCCUCCUGUCUGCGCCGCAGGGCUGCUGGUUCAGCUGGGGAUUCCCUGACAACAGCUGUGCCUUUGGGAACUGCGGCACGGAGAAGCCGUUUGCAGUGUGUGAGAGUUUAUGUGAGUGGGGCGAGACGCUGUGCUCCGCCUGUCCCAACCCGAGGACCGUGGUCACUGCGGGGAGCAGCUCGGUUGUGUGUGUGUGGGACGUGUCCAUCGCCAAAGACAAGCUCGCCAGCAUGAAACUCCGACGGCCGCUGUACGGCCACACCGCCGCCGUGACGUGCCUGGCCGUGUCUGACGUCCACGGCGUCGUGGUGAGCGGCUCGCGCGACCUCACCUGCAUCCUCUGGGAUCUGGAGGAGCUGAGUUACGUCACGCAGCUGGCAGGACACACCGCCGGCGUCUCUGCGCUGGCCAUCAACGAACUGACUGGGGAGAUCGUGUCCUGCGCCGGGCCCCUGGUCUACCUGUGGACGAUGAAGGGCCAGCUGCUGGCCCACACUGACGCUUCCUGCGGCCCUCAGGCCGACAUCCUGUGUGUCAGCUUCACACAGCGGCACCAGUGGGACGCCCGGAACGUCGUCGUCGCCGGCUGUGCGGACGGCGUCAUCCGGAUAUGGAGGACGGAGUACGCCAGAAUACAAUUACCUGGCCCUCCAGAAGAGCCCGUGUCCCCAGGGCCAGACCAAGCGGAGAGAGACGGGGGUGCUCCUGGCAGCCGGACGGGAUCUGCAUUGAGCAGCUCGUGCCAGGCUGGAGGCUGGAACAGACGUCUGGUGUUAUGUCAGGAACUGCGUCGCAACAGGAACAGCCCGGCCGUCACGGCGCUGGCCAUGUCCAGGAGUCAGGCCACCCUGCUGGCAGGCGACGCCUGGGGCCAGGUGUUCACCUGGACGAGCGAGUGACGGGAGCCUCACGUCUGUCUUCGCACCGACAACCUCAGCCUCUGUAUGAGACUCAGAAAAACCGCUAUCUCAGGUCUGACGCCAGCUGAGCCAUGAGAACUGUUUUAUAUCUGCCUUUCAUGUGUUUUGUGGAGAACCUUGUUACAAUAUUUGAUACAUUCAAGUUUUCAAAAUCAGUAUUUACCCUCAAGGUGAAUAUUCGAUUGUGUACUGUACUCUGUAAAUAGAAAAUGGCACAAAAUUUGAAUGAAAUUAUUAAUAAAUAUUUGU